UCCAAAAUAAAAUGAUCAAUUUGGAAAAGACCGCGGGGGUCGACACAUCUCGUCGCGACAUUUCAGCGAAACUAUCAGCAGAAAACGAGCAUGGACCGCCGGCGAAGGCUGCUCUGUGCUGCUGCCUGUGUAGCAGCAUUGCUUUUAGACGACACACCGGAAAAAAGAAAGUCAAAACGUCGUCGUGUUUGGAAGAAAAACUGGUCGACGUGCAGCGGUCUGCCUACAGAGCUAACGGCUGAUGACAGCCGGAAUGACUUUUUAAAGUAUGUAAAGAUGACCCCUGAAGAAUUUGACAUUUUGCUGAGGAGAGUUGGUCCGCUACUCACCAGACAGGACACCAAACUACGAAAAGCUAUUCCAGCAAAAGACAGGCUGUCUCUGACCCUGAGGUUUCUGGCUACAGGAGAGUCCUUUAAAUCCCUCAGCUGUAUGUACAGGAUUGGAGGCAGCACUGUGUCAAAAAUCAUUUUAGAGACGUCUACUGUCAUACACCAGCUGCUUCAAGAAGACUUCCUCCAGAUGCCAAAAUCUGAGGCUGAAUGGCGGACUGUUGCUGAGGGCUUCCUGCAGAAGUGGCAGUUCCCACACUGCGUCGGAGCGCUGGAUGCCAAACGCAUCUCCAUUCAGGACUCGGGUCAGAGCGGCAGCACCUUCCGCAACAACAAAGAGUGCUCGGUGCUGCUGGCGGCCGCCGUCGAUGCCGAUUCUAAGUUCCUGUACGUCAGUGUGGGAGCACAGGGUGAGUACUCAGACAGUUUCCUCUUUGAAGACUCAGACUUCAGAAGAGAUCUGGAUCAGGGUUUGUUCCACCUGCCGCCUGCGGAGCCUCUGCCGAACUCAAACCUCACGUUUCCGUAUGUGUUUGUCGGGGAUGGUGUGUAUCCUCUCCGCUCUGACCUCAUGACGCCAUUCUCUGGCGAGGACGUGGACCCCGGUCAGAGGUUCUUCAACCACCAGCUGUCGAGAGCACGGCAACCUGCCGACAAUGCCUUCAGCAUCCUUGCACACAGGUGGAGGAUUUUCCACACCAGCAUCCACCUGCGCCCAGACAAAGUGGCAAAGGUCACACUGGCCAUCGUGUGUCUCCAUAACUUCCUGUGCGGGCGGCGCUCAAAGGCCUACCUGCCUGUCGGACCGUCAGACGGCGAGGACCGGGCGCUGGUGGAGGGGACGUGGAGAAGUGAAGGACUGGGUGUGAUGAGACCGGUCCAGAGAGAGCAGGAGACCAGCUGCAGCCCUGAGGGAGAGGAGCUACAAAACAUCAUGAAGGACUAUCUCUCACGUCCAACGCACAAGGUGAGAGAGGAUGGCAGCAUCUGAAGUCAAAUCAGUUUUAUUUAGACUGCCCGAUCACAAAUGUGCCUCAAAGUGUUUUAGUCUUGUUUCAGAUGAGAAAAAAACUCUCCACAAACAACCCAUCAGGUGUCGAAAUACAUCCAGUCAUGUGUGAUAUUGUAUUAUCUUUGUCUCCAUUUGUUAAACGUCAUAAUAAAAAAACAAACCAUAA